AUGAUGGCCCAUUCCAAGAGUUCGAUUAUCCUGUUCGUUGCUGUCCAUCUCCUGAGCAGUGCUUCCGCGCGGGAGAGCUGUACUUUGGACAGCUUCAACACAACUCUUGGCGGUCGCGUUCAUCCAUUGAGGCCUUUAUCCCUACCGUGUUUCUCUCAAUAUAAUGGUACGGCUGUGGCUUCGGAUCAAGCCGCCUGCCAAGUGAUUCAAAGCAACUAUAGCGAUCCUUUGUUCAGGUCGAAUUCCGCCAAUGGCUUCAUGUACAAUCAGGUGGAAGCGUGCGCCUCCGACGCUUCCAACCAAUGUCUACUUGACAACACCGACCCUACAAACCUUCAAGCACUCGGAGGCGAUUGCAGACAGGGCAAUGUUCCAUCUUUAACGCUCGAGAUUCAACGUCCCGAAGACGUGGCUGAGGCGUUCAAGUUUUCUCGCUGUUCGGGUACCCGCCUCUCUAUCAAGAACAGUGGCCAUGAUUUCCUGGGUCGCAGCAGUGGCCAAGGGACUCUUUCUUUGUGGACUCGACAUCUUCAGUCGAUGCACUACAACUCUUCUUUCUCACCAACCGGCUGCAGUGUCCGGAAUGCCUCGACCUACAACACGAUCACCGUCGAGGCUGGUGUGAACUUCGACGAAGUUUAUACCUUUGCGAAUGCUCAGAAUGUGACGUUCAUCGGUGGUUACUCUUCCACUGUUGGCGUGUCGGGUGGAUGGGUACAGACAGGAGGUCAUUCCAUUCUGUCUCCGGUAUAUGGGCUGGGGAUCGAUCAUGUCGUUGAAUACAAGAUUGUCACUCCCGACGGGCACUACCGUAUCGCCAACGAGUGUCAAAACCAGGACCUGUUCUGGGCUCUACGCGGUGGCGGAGGUGGCACCUUCGGCGUCGUCCUAGAAAGCACCCACCGCGUGGAACCGCGCGUUAGUCUGAUUUCUGCCUCCAUCAAGUUCCCUCUGAAGUCGAACUCGAGCAAUGUGCUCCCCUUCCUCGAUAUCCUUGUGAACAACACCGUGAAAUGGGCCCACGAGGGCUGGGGUGGCCACAUUAACAGCAACUCUUUGAUCAACGUCACCCCGUUGCUCUCCCUAUCCGAGGCAAAGGAGUCGCUCGCGGACGUGGUUGCGUAUGCGAAGUCGCAAGGCGGAACAGCGGUAAUUGAAGAAUUCUCCUCGUGGUACGGAUUCUACGAGAAAUACGUCGCGGCGAACGCCGUGACUGUGGGCAAUACUCACUUCGCAGCGACGCGACUGAUCCCGCAAUCGGUGUUUGAAACUGCCCGCGGUCGCGCUGACCUGAUGAACUUCUUUUCCGUGCUGCUGUCCAAGGGUGGAAGCGUGUAUAUUCCGGUUGUGGGACCCCUUCUUUACAAAGACGCCAAGUCGACAUCGGCUACUCCGGCCUGGCGGGAGGCUAUCUGGUCUCUCGGAGCCGACGGCUUCUGGGCCUGGAACAGCACGCUGCAGACACGUGAGCAGAAAGUGGACGAGCUCAAGUAUAUGACAGGCCUCCUUGAGGAUCUUAGUCCCGGUAGCGGGGCCUACAGUCCCGAGGCUAACCCGUUCACCGAAGACUGGCAAGAAGCUUGGUGGGGCUCGGAGAACUACGGCAAGCUGCUCAAGUUGAAGCAGAAAUAUGACCCACAGGGACUGUUGCAUUGCUGGAAAUGCGUGGGGUGGGAAGAUGCCGACGCGAAAAGCUCGUGCUGGGCGGCGUUCGACUAG